CCGCUGUUCUAUAAGGUUCAACUCAAGGUGUGUUUAUUUAACCUUGAACAUCUCAAGCGAGCAGAUGCCCAGGUUCCCCAAACCCACUGUAAUGAGCUUAUUUUAGCUGAGGGGGUGGAGUUAGUGAUAUAAUGAACAGAUGUAUUUGCCUAUAAAUACUGAACUCUUUUGGUGUUCUUUACCUUGAACACAAGUUUCACACUUCAUACCAAACAGGUUUAAACCGAGAGAAUGCAGGCUCUUCAAGUUCUGUCUCUGACUCUGCUGUCUGUGCUGGCGGUCAGCGCUCAGACCAUCAGCUCUGGAAAAUGUCCACAGCCAUCUGUUCAGCAAAACUUUGAUCCUGCUAGGUACAUGGGCAGAUGGCAUGAGAUCAUGAAGAUUCCAGCCCCAUUCCAGUUGGGAGACUGUUGCCAGGCCACUUACACUCUGAGUGAUGGUAUUGUGCUGGUUCGAAAUGAUGAGCUUCUUGCUAAUGGCACUGUCAGCUUCAUUGAGGGAACUGCCAAGAUUGUUGAUGCAUCAGAGCCUGCCAAACUUGAAGUCAGCUUCUUUGAAGAUGCUCCUCCUGGCCCCUACUGGGUGCUGGCUACUGAUUAUGACAACUACACCCUGGUUUACUCUUGCUCUGAUUUCGCCGGGCUCUUUCACGCUGAGUAUUCCUGGAUCAUGAGCAGAACCCGCACACUUCCAAAAGAGACCGUCUCUGAGCUGUUAGGCAUCCUCAAAUCCCAUGGCAUCAACACUGAUGUUUUCACUGAGACCGACCAGAGACUGGAGCUGUGCAGCAGCAUGCCUUGAUAUAGCUGCCUUAUAACUAUUGUGAGAUGUGUUGUUGUGGUUUAAAAAAACAACAACAAAUGUAAUAUUCCCUACAAAAUUCUCUCAAUCAGUUAUCUGUGGCAUGAGAAUAUGUAUACAUAAAUCUUCAAAGUAAAGUUUGUACAGUACUGAAUUGUAUGUAAACUAAAGUUUUUAGUUUUGUGAGUCUAUUUCUGGUGUCACUUUUCUUUCUUCAAAGUUUGUCUACAAAACAUCUACUGUGUGAUUAAAUCAAAGGUGUUCCUAAUUCAGUGUGGAUCAGACUUUAAAUAAAUAUAUGUAAAAAAUGUAAA